UUUUUAUUUUUCCUAUAGGUGUCAGAUAUUCACAUCAGUAGAUUUCAGGAUCCCAAGCGAGCUCCUGACUUUGAAAAAUUCUGUACGGAAACAAUCAAUACAAUUCAGCCAACGCUUGUAUUAGCGACAGGUGACUUGACAGAUGCUAAGACAAGAGAUAAACUGGGGUCUGAGCAGAUAGAAGUAGAGUGGCAAACUUACCAGUCAAUCCUGAAGAGAUCCCGGGUCAUGGAAAAAACCAAGUGGAUAGACAUCAAAGGGAAUCACGAUUCGUUCAACAUUCCACACCUGGAUAGCAUUCGGAAUUACUACAGGAAAUACUCUGCCUGGCGUAAGGAUGGCUCUUUCCAUUACAUCCACACCACAUCUUUUGGGAAUUACUCCUUCAUAUGCAUGGAUGCUACCCUUAGCCCCGGCCCUAAGAGGCCCUACAAUUUCUUUGGGAUUUUGAACUCGAAUCAAAUGGAAGAGCUGUCUUUGAUGGCAAAAGAAAGUCUCCACAGCAAUCAUACUGUCUGGUUUGGCCAUUAUCCCACUUCAACAAUCAUCUCUCCUGCGCCAGGAGUAAGAACAUUAAUGAGUUCUGCCACAGCCUAUUUCUGUGGGCAUCUCCAUACACUGGGUGGGCUGAUGCCCGUCUUGCACAGUCAGCACCAUCAUGGCACCCUGGAACUGGAGCUGGGAGACUGGAUGGAAAACAGGAGGUACCGGAUCUUUGCAUUUGAUCACGACCUCCUUAGCUUUGUAGAUCUUCGCUUUGAAGAAUGGCCUGCAAUUCUCAUCACCAAUCCCAAAUCCUUCCUUUAUAGCAGCUCUGCUCAUGAACCACUAGAAAAAAUUCGUUACUCCACCCAUAUCAGAAUUCUGGCCUUCUCUCCUUCCAUCAUUACCUCUGUCAAAGUCCAGAUAGAUGGAGUUCACUUGGGGAAUGCUCAGCAGGCAUCCGGCCCUCUCUAUGUGAUGAAGUGGAGCCCACAAAACUACAGUGAAGGUUUUCAUCACAUAGAUGUGACUGUCCAGGAUGCUUCAGGAAGAAUUCGCACACAGAGCCAUAUAUUUGCUAUGGAAGAAAAACUCUCUCUUAGAUUUGGCUUUUUGCAAUCUUUUAUCCUCCUUUCUGACCACUAUGUUCUGGCUCGCAUGCUCUUUGGGCUGAUCGUGUCCACUCAGAUCGCCUUGCUCGCUGCCUUCCGAUACCUCCAAAAACCAGCACUCAGAGAACGGCCUGGAUUACUGAGUCUGACCUCAUAUUCCCUUCAUGUCUUCAGUAAAACAAACACCUUCUAUUACUCAAUUUUAAUUCUGAAUUUAUACACCAUUCUAGGUCCGUGGUUUGUAGGCGAACUGGUAGAUGGCCAGAUGGGAGCCUGUUUUUCCUUUGGGGUGUUUGUAGGUGGUCACUUCUUACAGGGCAGUCUGACAUUUGUUGUUGGGAUUUUGCAGCUGCUGUUCUUCAAUGCGCCCUUGACGGCCUACCUGUGCUGGAGCCUGCUGCUGCGCUGCCAGGGCUGCAGCUUCCGCUCGCACGUGCAGCACGCGCGGCGUCCCGGGGCCCUGCUGGGCCACGCGGCCAUGGCGCUGCUGCUGCUCUGGCACCUCUACUCCUGCUACUUCCUGCAGCGCACCUACGGCACCCUGGCUUUCGUGCUCUCCCCCAUGAGGACGUGGCUGCUGCCCCUGACCUCCGCUCUCAUUUAUAAGACCUGGGCGCUGAACUCUUCCCAGCUCAGAACUUACAUUGUGGAAAUGAAAAACUGCCAGCGCUCCUGAAACAGCCCGAGUGCGCAGAGCUCUUCAAAACUGGGAAGCCACAACCUGUAGGGCUGUGUUGCUGAAAUCCCGGGCACUAGCUGGCAAGAUGUGAAGCUCUGCAUUGAUAUAGAGCUGGGUAACAAUAUGUAUUAUACAUUUAUAUUGUAUUAUACAUAUAAAGGGUGUUAUACAGUAAACCACAAAAAAUAAUAAACCCCUAUUGACUAAGCGGGGG